AUGUUCGCACAGGGCGAGGCAAUGUGGGAGAACUGCGACCAGCACGCUCGAUGGCGCAUGGAGUAUGCCAAUGCACAACUCUAUUAUCAAGUCUUGAUGGAAGCCACGCAGAUGUGGACAACCCCAUCGGGUCGCGAGCAAUUGUUCAACAUCCUUGUCGAGAAGCCUUUGGGGAAUCAUUUCCUUGAUUUCUAUCGUGAUUGGUGGCAUCGCAAGCAGCUCUCCUUGGCGGAAUGGCGUGCCGUGAACGAAGUCGUCAUGGAUGGUCAUGCAAAAGUAUCGGCGAAGUGCCAAGGGCCUCCUCCUGUACAUGUGGGACGGCCGAGAAAGGACGGUGCCAACAAGCACCGUCAAAACGGCUGGUUUAUGGUUAUCGAUCCCCGUAGUGGCAUGGGCGGGUCUAUGGCUGGUAUGGAAGAGCCUCAGAACAACGCGGUCGCAAAGAAUGUCUUGCGGAAGGAAUUCAAGCAGGUGAAGUACUGGUCUAUUGACCGUUUCCAUGCAAAGGCUCACUCCGCUUCCUGUCCCUGCUCGCCCAUUCACGUCCGUCGACUUGAUCUACGUCUACGCCCUGUUACUUCUUCCAUAGCCGAGCAGACAUUUUCAUGGUUUCGUGGCUACGCUUCUAGCUUCAACACGAAGGCACAUGACACGCAUGUCUUCUAUGUGCCCUUGUAUGUCAAGAUGCACAACAACCUCGUCCGUCAGAACAGACUUCAGCAUCUCAACGCAUUCAGCGGUCGUUCGAAGAUCGCCAAGGCCGCCCGCGUCCUCCGCAAGCCUGCCAGCAACAAGUAUCAUUGCCGUCGCCCCGCUUCUUCUGUCAACCUCAUCAAGCCGGUCCACAAGAAGCCUGCCAACAAAGUCGUCAAGAACAACGUCAAGAGAAAGUGA